AUGAUGACAGCAGAGGGACGCAAGUCUCCUGUCCAUGUCCAUGUGGACAGAGAGACCCCUGUUCAUGUGCAUCUUAAAAAGAAGAAAAAGGGAAAGCCUGGUGUUCCAACAGCUGUAGAGGUCUGUUCAAAUUCUGUAUUUUUUCGGAUUCCUAAGAAAAUUUGAAGACAUUUGCAAGAGUACAACAAAUUAGUUCACUUGCCAAUGUUACUUCAAACACUGCAAAAUGAGUAAUUGAUAAAAAGGAGAAUCACUCAGAAAAUUAAUUAACUUCCUUGAGGAAAAAAAAAAGAAAAAAUUGGGGAGAAGCUGAGGCACUCCCUUUUAUGGCCUGCACAGGGAUGUGCUGCUGGACAGGGUAUGAUUUUUGACCUCUCUGUCCUAAACAGGAUAUAUAAUUUUGUGCAAGUCUGUUCUAAACAGGAUAUAUUAUUUCGUGGGAGUCUGUCCUGAUUAUAAGCAGGGUAACUACUUGCACAAUUGAUUUGAUUUGCCUGAUGAAAUUUGUUAGUCCUUUAUACAAAAGCAAUGACUGUAAGGUAAAUUUGCUCUAUUGCAAUUGCCAGUGAAUGGCUUUAAAACAAAAUGGCAUGCAUUUUGUCCUUUGUCCCAAACAGGGUAAUUAAAUUAAGGAUGUUGUCCUUGAAGGGUAUAUAUUUUAGGAUUUUUUUUCCUAAACAGGGUCAAGGUUUCAAACCGUCAGCAGUUCACCUAUACCCAAAUAUUAGUUGAGUACCCCCUCCCUGGGGAGGGUGCGGGGUAGGGAAGAGCUAUUGUUUGUUCCAUUGUUGCAAAAACCUUGUCCUUAUAAAGUCUCUCCCAUUGGUUGUGGCCAAGAAAUUAAAAGUAGGCAUGCACAAGCAAUGCCAGUAAAAGCCCCAUGGUACCACCUUCUUGGUGUUUGUAGAGGCAAAUCCUCCUCCUUCAUAUGCCCUUAGACUAACCUGCUUUCUGCUCUCCUUCGAUAAAUAUAAAAUUUGAAAAUGUUUAGAACAUGGAACUUUCUUUAAUAAGCGAGAUUGAUGAUUCUUUUUAUAGCAACGACUCAAGACCAAGAGAAUGAGUGGUUUGACAAAAUCUGUUGUAAGUACAGUUAUAUGUGGUUUGGUUACAAACUUAUUAAUUUUAUAUACUUCCAUGGAUCAUUCUGGCUAUAUCAGAAUAAAACUGUGCGUAGAAACCUGCAGUCUGUUAAUGUGAGGUAUUUAUUUAGACAGAAUCCAUCAGAAAAUUGAGUAAUUUUUUUGGACAAAAACCUUGUAACAGAAUAUUCAAAGCCAUAUCACAUUAUUUUUUGCACUUUUUAAGGGCUAUAGAGGUAAUUUGUUUUCUAUAAUAACACCAAAGACAAUUUCUUAUGCAAGCCUGUGAAAAUAAAUUUCAAAUUUCACAGGAAUUGAGAAAACACAGGUAAAAUCAUCAUGCAUAUUAGGUUUCAUUUUGUGAAAUUUGAAGUUUUUGAAGUUUGUUUUCUUGGGCUCCUAUAAGAACCUUUUCUUUGGAGUUAUUUCAGAUAACUUAUUACAUUUAUAGCCCCCAAAAAGUGUAAAAAAAAAACUGCAAUAUGCUUGAAAUUAUUCUGGUACAAGGUUUCUGUCCACUGAAAAUUAACAUUGAUUAUUAAAUUUCCUGAUGGAUUCCAUCUUAAUAUAUUUUACAAAUCAAUGCAUUAUUGGGCCAAUUACUAUUUUAUUACAGCAAACACCUAUCCAAGACACCAAAUUUUCCCAGUCAUGCAAAUCACUACAGUAUAUGUCGAAUCUCUCGUAAGCGACUGUGACCACAUUUUUCAAUGACAGUUUUAGAAUUUUCCAUUGUUUUUACCCUCUUGUUAGUAACUCUUUGACCCAUGGUUUGAUCUGUGUGUUUGCUGAAUGUACCACACUACUCAGAGUAUGCAAAGAACAGCUACAACAUUACAGGAUAUUAUUUUUUUAUACAACAUGAACAAUGCUGUGUUCUAAGAAAAAUUGAAGGGACACCAGUCCUCUGAAUCUGUAAAAUCCGGAUUGCCCAGCAUAUGAUCUGUUUGAAAAAACUAAGAUUUUCUAGUUGCCCAAGAUCAAAAGUUGGGUGCCAUGGGCUCUUCUAACCCUAACCCUAAUAACUUUACAUAUUGUAACUUAGAAAUUGCAUGUAAUGAAUCUCUUUCAAAAUGUACAUGUAAAUUAAUGUUGUUAAACCUUUUAAGGAAGGGAGCCCUUGUGAAUGAAUUCUCAUUCAGCUGUACAUGUAAGUGACCACCUCUUAUAUAAGCGUCUACUAAAUAUUCCCAUCAUUGGUCGCUUACAGGGGGUUUGACUGUAGUCUGUUAAUAAAUGCUAUAAGUUACGAGUCAAAAAUAAAUAUUAUUACAAUUUAUCAUUGAUAUUAUUAAUAUUGUUUAUUUGUAAAAUUGACUUGGCAUUUUUAAUAUUCUUGACAUUUCAGGGACAGAGGAAAGCCAUGAAAUCCUCAGGUUCUCCACCCUUUGUACCCCCUCCUGGAAGAACAUCAAGAAGGCCCUUUGCUUGGGAGGUUGGUAACGUUAACUUUUUUUUUCCAUAAAAAUGAUGUAAAUAAUAUAGUAAAUUAUAAGCCCUCCCUGUUGGACAUUAAAUUUUUUUAGUUUCAUUAGUCAAGGAAAUGUGUUUUGUCAAGCCUAGGGACUUACUGUUGUCCUUUCAUCCUCAUCAUCACCACCAUUACUCUUAAUGUGCCAAAGGGCACUAGUGCCAUGAUAUACAGUCACUGUCCUCUGGCAACAAAGAAAUCUUAGUUUUGGCUACUACUCUCAUACACAAAGGAAAAUGUGUAUACAUGUAUUCAUUGAACCAAGGUCUACAGCUGUAGGAUACAGGGCUCAAACAAAAGCCCCAUCAAGUAAUCCAGAACUAGUAGAAUUUCAAGCUGGGCAAGUAAUUUUUAGAACUCCACACACUUGCCCACCUUUAAGGGUCCAGGCAAAUCAUCCUCUAACAAAAUCAUUAACUAAGACAAGCAAUAAGUGACCCUGGGUUAGGCAAAAUGUGAGAGCUGCUUGCCCAAAGGACAAGCUGGAAGGAAAGUUUGUUUUCGAGCCCUGGGAUUAAGGUAAUAAUUGAAGCACAAAGUUAAUCAUCAUAUACGAUUUUGCAUUUUAAUUUUGUGUUUCAGCUGUACUUUAUUUUUGUUUAUUAGGGUAGUUCUCAUCGUUUGGAAAUAAGUCCUCCUGCUGGAGGUGGAACUUUACGAAUGGAAGAUCUUUCAACCUCUGAGGUAUAAAGUAACGGACCUGUUAAGAAAAUCAUUGUAAUUAUGUGCCUUUAUAUGCAACAAAAAUUGAACACUUUUAGGAGUGAAUUCAAUACUUACCUAAAUUGCAGAAACACAGUACAGUGAAACCUUGUUAAUGCAGACACUGGUGAGGGGGCCAGAGAAAGUGUCCAUAUUAUAAACAGGCUGUCUGUAUGAAGCAGGUCAUGUUUUUUCAAUAAAAAAUAAACCCUCCUUUUAUUUGAACAAAAUAAUAAACAAAUAAAACAGGACAAUAGCUUUGUCAAAUUACAGUUUUGUAAACAUCUCUAACUUUCACAAAGCAUUCAUUAAUUGCAGGCUAAGUCCGUGGAAACACUCAAAAGUUGCUCAUCUAGACAUUGUAGCAUGUAGUUACUCAAAGACUGUUCUCUGCAUAUCUCCUUUGAUGCCAAAAUAGUCUGAAAUUGACAUCUAACUGCAAUUCAUCCUAUCAGGUGUACUGUGGUGCUUGAAACACUAACAUGCUGUCAACACAGUCAAUUAACUUUUAAUAUUAAAGAAGUUGAAAUGUUACAGCUUUAAAUGUAUGUGGAAAUAGGUUUGAUAGAGCAAGGUUUGUAACAGCUUGAUCAAGUGUACAAAUGUAUUUUUAUUUUAUUGUAUGAAUGUUCUAAAACUUACCAGGAAGAGGAAGUAAAUGGAAGGAUAAGAUCUUAUGAGAAAAAAAUUGGCAGUUUGAUGACAGAAGUUGGAUCUCUGAAGAGUGAGGUUUGUCAAAGUUUAAGUCCUCAGUCAUGACUAAUUUUGAUCUUACCAAUUUUACACUUUCUUCAUUUUCCUUCCCCCCCCCUCCCCCCUCAUCAAAGUACAAUAUGGUCUUACCCAUUUAUGUGCUGUGUACACAAUGGAUAGAAAUAGCUUGCCCACGGUCUUUUUAUAAUAGCCACUUAACUAUUAAUUUGUUCUCUGAGGGCACAGUCUAUACACAUACUCUUGUUUCAGAGUCCCAGUAAUGGCCACUUUAAAAACAUGAGGGACCCUUCCACGUUUUUUUUUUCCAACUUUUGACUGGGAACAGUUAGCGAAAAUCCGUCAACACAGCUAAAAAGAACGCCUUAAAAUUAGUAAGGAUGCCAAGUUUGAAAGUAAUUAGCUAAAGCUAACAAAGAAAUAGCUUCACUAAAUUUUACAGACGUUUGUAUGGUGGGGGCAAGCUUGUGACUCCCCCCCUCCCUCCAACAUUCAAAGGUCUGUAAAAUUUUGUGACUUUGUGGAGCUAUUACCUUAACUGGCUUUUAACGAAACACCUUUAGACUUGGUAAGUUUCAAUUAUUUAGGCACUCUGUUUUUUCUUUUGCCCAAAAAUACUUUCAUGCAUUUAUUUCAAGGUGGCCAUUUAAUUAUCAAAACGUUUCACUGUACUCUGGAAUAGAGAUAAUGGAUAUAGAUGGUGUUGAAGUGUUAAAACACUACAUGAGGGGAUAUUUAAAAACCGUCUUUUUUUCAAGGGUGUCUUAAAUCAUGUUCCGGCCUUGAAGUUAGCAGUUUGUACCUUUUUCUUAGAGGGAUAUUCGUAGGGCCAGACAAGCUGUAGAAAAGAAAGAUGAGCAGCUGAAUGCUUCUAGAAGGAUUCUUGAGGUGCAAGAAGAUGAACUUUUGGUAUGCCACUGUUAUUUUCUAGUUUCUUUUUUAUGAUUCCUCAAUCAGGUUUCUUUACAUGUGAUUGUAGUUUACUGGUCAUUUUAUAAAUUGAAAAUGGUCUUUCAGCACCUAUUGAUUGCCAGUAGGCUAUGCAAACCACAAGGCCUUAGCUAGAGCUGUACUUUGCCCCUUUUAGGGUUACAAGCAAGAAUUAAAAGCUACUGUCAAGGAAAAUGAAGCUUUACGACAUUCAAUAGAGAAAUGGAAAGAAGAUGCCAAUGUGUCAAGGUUGGUGACGUGUGUCAAAAUCUGCAAACUGCAAUUAACAUACCUUCUGUGUCAUUUGUUUGUGUCAGGGGUUCCUGUAAAAUAGUAGGUACAACCUGUGCAGUGCAGCUACCGGGGUAUUUUGAAGUGUUUUUCGCAAAAUCGUCACAAUAUGUAAUUAUGUACCUUAAGGCCGUUUCUUACUUGAAUUUUCCACAUCUCAGUUGAUUUUUUUUCCACUAUAUAUUGCUUACUGCGUCACCUUGCAGGACGGAAGUGGGUAAAUUAGCUGGAGAGAGAGCCUCACUCUUGAAGAAACUAGUAGAGGUGGAAAUGGAUGGCAAGGCAGCUGGCGAACAACUAAUAAAACUAAGAGACACUAUUCGAAAGUUAAAGGAGGUAAAGCUACUUAACACGUCCUUGACGUAACUGACUUCUAACAUGAUAACACUGCCUUAAUUUUACACAAAACAAAAAAAUUUCUUAGGCAUGUAAGUCGGUCUUCUUUUUCCAACCAGGACAAACGCAUGUCAGCUGCUGAUACUACCCUGUUGACAAGACAAAGAGAAAUGUUGCUUCAGAAGUUAGACGAGUUUGAAAGAACUAACAAAGCGUUACGAAGACUACUUAGAGAACAACAGGCUACAGAGGUAUUGCAGAGCAACUUGAUCCUUGAUUCGCGCUUAGGCUUUUGUAGUCACCGUCGUUAUUGUUUUCUGCGUUUACUUUUUUCUGUGUGUUGGUUAUUUUUUUAUCUUCCUUUUGCUUAUGAAGCCGUUGCAGGCGUUUGUUAUGACAGUUGCAAAGUGGAGUUCCCUCGCUGUUUACGCUGUUCUCGCCAUUUUUUUGUCCUUUCCGUCUUUGUGCCGUCUGUUCUUCCUCUUCGCCCGGACCGGUCAAGUUAAACCUGGUUUCAGUGACUGAAGAAAAAAUUCUGGACGAAAACCAUCGUUACAGAAUACAGAUCGUAAUCCGGCACUAGUCAGGGAGAGGAAUUUUUUUUGCCUACCAUUACCCUCUUCAGGUUGGAAAUUGUUGUGGAUAAGCCUCCAGCAAUAACUGAGUAGGGCCAUUUAUACGAGGAAAAAUAAGACGCGUCUUAAAUAAGACAAGAACUGUACCAUUUAUGCGAGCAUGUCUUAUCUAAUAAGACGCGUCUUAGCUAAGCCGCGUGUUAUUUUAGACGAAAUGUGCCGUUUAUACGGAAAGUUCGCGUCUUAUGUAAAGCGCGUCUUAUUUUUCCUCGUAUAAAUGGCCCUAGUGACCUUCAAGUAAGCUGGCCUGGACAAUCUAAAACAGCAUAGAAAUUGCAUCGACUCAAACGACGGCCCAUAUUCUGGUUUUCUACAGCUCCUCAAAGGAAUGGCACGAAACGGAACUAUUUGAUAUUCCAACUGGAAUUUCAGCCAGAUUUUCCUUCGUAACUAUCAAAGUGGUAAUCACCCUUUUUCAUGCAGUAUACUGUACGUUUCUCCUGAUUGAAAGUCUACUGAGCUGUUUAAAAAUGGCUAAAAGAACUUGCUGUUUUCUUUCUUGCUCAACAGGAAGAACACGAUCACUUACGAAAACAACAAGAAGUGUUGCUUAAGAGACUAACACAGUCCGACACUAGUAAUGAGGUAAAAAUGCGGUGUUGAUAAAUUAUAUCACAUUUGAAAAAAAAAAAACACUCUAUUUGAGACUCAACGUAUUUAGCACGAAAGUUGAGGACUAUUUUUACCUCUCCUACUGGAGACGGGACCGAGCCAGGCGAAGGUCUAGUGCCUCCAUUUCUCAGUUAUUUUAAGAACCUGAGAAUACUCCCGGCCUCUGUAAUCGAACCCGCGACCUCCCGCUCUGCAGUUAGGCGCUGUACCGACUGAGCUAAUCCUGCCGCAUCAUUCAGUAUAUGAAUUUCGGAUUUGAAAGAAGCCAGCCUUUAUCGUUUGCGCCGAGUAGUGGUACAAAAAAUUGUUUACCGUUACUGCGGCCUCAUUAUUUCCUCCCAAGUGAACAAAACGAAUAUAGCCAUUUUCUUAAAAUGUAAAAAUUUCCUCAAUGCUACCGCGUCAUUAAAAUGCCAACCGUUUUGGGUGGCCACUUGACCAUACGAGACCCAUAAGAGGAGUCCUGGGUCUGUGGGUGUUGUCAGGUAUAAGAUUAUUAGGAACCUUAAGAUCAGAGGACAGCGACGGCACCGAAAAAGUUGCUUGAAAAGUGAAUUCGCCUUCUUUCAAUCUUCAUCGCGAUUUUUCCAACUCACUUAAUCAAAUGUAGGCGAAAGUUGACUCUCCUAGAGUUGAAUUCCCAGGAACCAUAUCCAAGUUGAGAAAGAGAAAGACAAUUUCGACAUUGCUUGUUUACGUCCUCCAUAAAAGGUGAAAUCAGGCAUUUUCCCGUCUUAGUCGUACAUCAGUGACAGCAACGAAAUGUACAAAAAAAAGUUUGCUGCACGUGCAGACCUAUUAUAAAACUAUUCCUUUUUCUGCAGCAAAGUUCUCGUUGCCGUCGCCGUCGUCGCAUCUUAACGUCCCUAUUACCUUCCACGACAUCUUGACGUAACAAUAAGCGGCAUUCGCAAUUAGUUUCCUUUUUUUCUCAGCGUUUACAGGUGGAAGUGACUGAGAGAGACAGACAAAUAGAAACGUUACUGGCACAAGUAGAAGCUGAUAAGGUUAGUGCGAUUCUAGACAUCUUAGCCAAUAUUCACACUAUACCGGAAUCGGAUACCUUUUCGUACCAACACGACAAGCUACCCGGUGUCGUGUGAACACCUAUCGAUGUAUGACUCUUCACUAUAGAGAACUACGUAGCGCACCGUUCCAAAAACCGCGCCAAAAUCACCGUUUUUAUCUGUGAAUAGAAGGCCUAUCCGGUAUGGUUUUCCUGCCGGCGCGAAAGCUAUCCGGGAUAAUGAGAACAUAGCCUGGUCAGUGUAAAAUUAUAACAACACUCAACGUAUACCUUAUCUUCAGUUUAAACAGAAUUUUCCCGAAAAUGCCGGGUUAAGACAGAACAAUUCUAAAGAGAUAACAAACACACUUUGGAAGGUAGAGGGUAAGAACUCAUACAUUAUCUUUUGUUUAUUUGUUUUGUUUGGUCUGCGUUACAGGAUCAAGCCGUUGCGUUUGAAGACCUCAAGAAAACCAUGGAAACAACGCGAGCCCAUCUUCAAAACCAACUCCGUUCUAAGGAAAUGGAAUGCGGCAGACUGUCGGUACAGAUUAGGGUAAAGAUUUCUUUAAUAUGGCUUUUUUAUUCUUCGAUAACAGAACUAAAGAUGGUAUUAGAAUCCCGUAUUCUGAAAUACUGGCCUCCGAGCAAGCUCUUCAUUGGGGGAUAUCGCCAGAAGUCACGCGCGCCCGGGACACGAGAAGAGACGAAGAAGCGCAAUAUAUAUGACGUUCUCGCGCGGCUUGCUUCGCCCGACACUCAAAAUAGAGAGCUUACUAGCAGGCUACGAAAUACUUGUUAUCGAGUCGAGAUUUUGCUUGGAGUCAUAUUUUAUCUUAGCCUGCAUUUCUCGCCUGUAGCGGAAGGCAAUGAAGAAAGUUUGAGAAGUGGCUGUAUGCGUAGGCUACACUUCCCUUAUGUAUUUUUUUCUUCCUCUUCUUCUUUUUUUCUAGAGCCUUGAAGAUCAAUAUGAACAUGGAAGAUUAGAAUUGGAACAUAUGCAGGGUUUAAUCGCCGCACAAAGGGUAGCUAUAUAAUACGUAUAUUUGUUUUGCCCUAGUUUUUUUCUCUCUCUCUCUCUCCCUUCUCUUCUUCAUUUUAACUCAUUAAAUUUUUGUACAAGUGGCUAAAUUGGCAAUAGCUCAUUACAAGACUCACUAAAGAGAGGUCCUCUCUGUAUGUUACAGAACAGUCAUUGUUUCUUCACGUUUCUUUCUAAAUUACAUGCUACACGUGACAGACGUCACUGGAACCUUUUCAUGCACGCUCAUUCAAGGAAAAAUUGUAUUACGUAAAACUUGGUUUUACGGCUCUGGUACAGCGUAGAAAUCAAUAAGCGAUUUAAACCGAGAAAAUGCUAAUAAAUAUGCAAAUCGGCUUGUUUUGCAACAGUAUCUUGUUUAUAUUCUACUUUCAUCGCAUCUUACUUCUCCUCAGGAAAAAAACGGCAGAGAAAAAGAAGCUCUCAAGAAAGCUGCAAGGUAAUUGAAAGGGAGCAGACUAAAGAGGCUUACUAGUUAGAUAAAGCACCGCGCUAGCUGCGAACGACAGCAAGCCGUUUGUUGUAAAGCUUCCCGUCGACAGAACUGGAAACUAUGUACAAAAAUUGUCUAGAAUAUUUGAAAAUUAGCUACUUUUUUAGGUAUUAAACUAAAUGUUUUCAUAUUUCUUAAUUUUUGUUUGAAACUAAGUAAAAGACGUAUGAUACUCGGCAAGUGUUCUCGGUCGCCGUUCACAGUGACUGGACAAAACAGUACAGAGAAGUUGUCAUCUUUCUUUGCUCGAAUUUCAAACUCUUUUAGCUUUACAAACAGUACCUGUAGAAGAAGGAUGCUAAACGAAACAUAGCUCGAUCAAAACAAGAAAUAGUCGUUAUCCUCGUUGCGCUGAAGCGGCUGCCGGCAAACGCGGGAAAAAUCAGUUCACGUGACCCUCUCUGCCGUUCGCGGGGAAAAAAAAUACGCGGUGAAUGUAAAAGACCACCCUGCGAGAAAACAGAGCCUCCUUUAGCCUGAGAAAACAGCCGACAUUUGGCGACGCUACCACUGGUUUCCCCGCCAAAUGACAUCUGAGAAACGAGCGCAGAAAUUCCAUACUGAUAGAACGUCACAACCCAAGUCUGGGUAGCGCUUAUGAUUGGUUGAAUAAUAUUUCCCGCGCGACACGACCUAUCAGAAGCACUACCCAGAUCUGGGUAGUGACGCGUCAUCAGUAUGGUAUUUCUACGCUCGUUUCUGAGACGUCAUUUGGGUGGGGAAACCAGUAGUAGCGUUGCCAAAUGUCGGCUGUUUUCUCAGGCUAAGCCUACGUAAUUUCUUGCGUUUUGAAAUAACAGUUGGGUUCCCGCAGAGCGCUACAACUGAGCAAAGUUGUUGACAUACUUUUUACAGGGUACAGAAAGACCGUGUGAGUGAGAGAGAAAAGGAUUUAGAAGUUUUACAAGAAAAGUUAGCUGAAAAGGUACGGUAUUCGGCUGGUUAAAGUGUGGCGACAAAGUUCAGCUUAGAGGGUUUCUCUUGCAACAAAAUUUCUAAAUAUUUUCGUAUUUUUAGGAUAUCGCGCUGAGUGAGACCAGGAGAGCAGAAGCAAGUUUAAAAGAAGAAAAAGGCGACGCUGAUCUCGAAAUUAGAACAUUAAAAAGGUAAGUAAACCAACAAAGUUGUAGGAACCAAGGAACCUUGUCCAUUUUGUAUCAUUCUUGAAAAAGCCUCAACGACAACGUGCUCAACCUCAUCCCCAGGAUCUUUCUUUCCAGUAUCCAUCCAAUGUAUGGGAACGAGGUUGAACAGGUCCUUUGCCGAUACGGACUCUAAUUUCUUCCCCCCCCCCCCCCCCCAGCCCCCCCUUUACUACUGACUUUAACAUGACAGACCCAAGUUUUCAUUUUAUGGACGUGUCCGUAUCAUAGAUGAUGGAAUUUUAGGAAAAGAAUAAAGAGAAAAAAAAAGUGCGAGUACAACAAGACGCCUUCUCCUUUUGUUUUCUUUUAAAAAAACCCCUCAAAACACCAGGUCCCGCCCCCCCCCCGGGACAUUUUUUCCAAAUUCCAACCAAAAUUUGGGUGAAGAGGGUAAAACAUGCUUUCCCCCAAUCGGCUUUAAAUUUCCCCCCCCCCCCCCCCCCCUCCAACCUUCCCGAGUGUCAUUGUGUUACAGUCCAUAAUCACUGUUUUCUUUAUCUGUCAGUCGCAUGAAGGAACUUCAUGAAUUAGUGGAGACCACGGAAAAAGCUUCCCAGGUAACAUGAUCAGGCUAUUGUACAGCUAUUGAGCGAGGCUAAUUCGGCUUUAUCAUUAUACUAUAAACUGCCGCUCAUAUCCCCACAUAUCACUGCCGAUAGCUUGUUUCGAAGCGCCUUUUCUGUUACGGUUACAAACCCCCUCGACUAAAAGUACCUCCGUUUAUAAGCCCUUCUAAAACCCCUUACGAAGAUGUAUAAGCAACAGUUAACGUUUGCCGAGCUGAACUUUGGCUUAACUCUGGAAUCCUACUUGAAGGAAAUAACCGAUAAAAAACUGACUUAACUGACGAGGGCAGAACAUCGACAUGUCAGAUGGAACAGGUACAACGUCACAAAACCAGCGCAACACUUUGACCACACAGACAGCGAGCAGAAGAAAGUUGAUUCUUAACCAGUGCUACCAGCCAGGAUUAUCUGUUUCCAUUUUAUUAAAACUGAUCGAUAUAGCUGCUCGGAAAUAGGACCUGCAGUGAGAUUUUUGUUGUUUUUGUUGUAGAAAAAAAAUGGGGGUCUUCGUACUCGUUUAGGAGCAGGAGAAACUUGGAUAUACCAAUAACUCCUUAGAAUACCAACAUGAUUAUAAUUUCUGGCUCACCCACUGUCUUCCCCUACCCUGAACUUCGCGCUCGCUCUUGUUUCAUUUGCCAAUUGCUGCUUUCCUUGAAUUUUGUGUAAUGAGAAUAGAAAGGCUGUGAACAGUCAUUUGCUCUAAGACUUCCUAGAAUAGUCAACCCAUGAGCCGCACCAACGGAAACAGAUCCAUAUUUAAUUUAUAGCUGCUUCAAGGAAAAAGUGUUGGCAAGAACUGAUCAACGUUUACCUUUGUUUGAUGGUUUCAGAGUAACAGCGAGACCUUAACUGCUAAACUGAGCACAAGAACUCAAGAGGUUAACGCUCUCAGACUGGAAAAUGAACAACUCAAAGUAAGUGAAUAGGAAGGUAACCUAUCCUUCUGGAACACUGAGCCGCAACUUUGAAUCCGCCAGAAAACCAAGUUAAUGUGUCAUUAACGAUGCCUAUAAGAAAGAGAUAAAAUAUUGUCACAGUCAGUCUUUAGUCAGAUUAAAAAUGAGUUGUAGCAAGGUACAGUCGAAGCUCUCCUUGCGACCACUCUCGUAAACGACCAGCUCUAGUUACGACCACAUUUGUGAAACCCCGUUGGAACUGUUAUAAAAAGCUCUCGCAAGGGACCGCGAUCACUUUGGUAUUAGCCAACUGGACUUUUCCCUUGUUUUUAAGCUCUCGUAAGCGACCACUCAACUCAUUCUUGCACCAGUAUUUAAAAGUUGGACCUAAAGUGUAGCCGUGCUUUUUUCUUUAUGAAUUAUUAAUGAGUUUUGAAGCUAACGUAAGCGGGCCACCCUCUAUUGUUUUACCAUGUAGUCGCUAACGAGAGCUCAUUACUUGGGCGGAGGGCCAAGUAAAGGUUUCGCGACGCUCAAGAAUGUCGCAAAGUUGUUCACGAAGUGAGACCGGAAUUGCUUCGAAAUACCUCGAGAGGAUAAAUUGAAAAACCUCAGUACAACUUGCACGUUCUUAUUUUGAACGAGCAUGUCCAGACAUUUACGAUUCUAUCUCAGCAAAAUAAGGUAGACAUUACAUAACGUUUACAAACGAUUUACAGUAACUGUUGUCAGUGAUUUAAAAAAAGCGAUUUUGAAAUAAACGCCGUAUUGGAAACGCUAAGAAUUUAAUAAACGCGGCAGCGUGAAAUCGAAUAAAUACGGUAAUAUCUUGCACUGGUGGGCUUCGUGCGGGAAAUGGAAGAAAAGGUGCAAAAAUAAUCGCUUGGUUCAAUUGAAAAUGAUUGGAACGAUAAAAUGGUUUAAAAUGGAGCAAGUGGUGAAAAUUACUUGGUUUGCCGCUAUCUUGACUUCUAGUUUUAUUAACUUAAACGAUGGCCACAACGGCUACAAGCGUUGGUUCGCUUGCUUCUUAGCAAAAAAAAUGUCAAAAAUCGAUCAUUUGUGAUCUUCUGAAAGUAUCAAGGAAAGGGCAGGCUUUGAAGUUUUUUGUUGCUGUUACUGUUCGCAUCGUGUUUAAGCAGCGAGUAACGAGAGAUACGAUCUAGCCAAAAAAUGUGGUGUCUCCUAUCAAUCUUGUUCUCACAAGUAUUUUUUUUUAAAGGCUGACAUCGCUGCAUUAGAAGAGCGGCUUCACGAUGAAGAACAAAGGGCCUCUAGCAAGGUAAGACCCUGCUGUAAAUAUUGUCCGCUGCUUUGAAUUUUUCGAGGUAGGUUUACGGUGUUACGGAUGGUGCAUCGCUAAAUGGCAUGGGCUGCAACGAGACAUUUACCGACGAUGACAUACAUGAUAAGAAACACAAAAAGCUUUGCCGACAACGUGUUGUACUUGCGAGCACACAGGUUUGUAUAACUGACAAGUGACAAAUAACUACAUACGUGUUUGUUCGCUUUCCUGUCGCCAUCUUAAAGAAGACGAAAAGCACGCAAAGCAGGGAUAGUUUGCUUUUCAUUUUGUUUUUCAUCAUAAACCGCUUCAAAAAAGAGGCUGAAUUGUUAGGCUUUGGUUUAAAGGAUUAUUAAAAGCAGUGAUUUGACAAUUUUGUCAAUGUAGCAUCUUUUGAUUUACUAGUCAUUCAAAAUAUUUCUCCGUUUCUAAUUGGCUCAAAUCCUUCCAUUAAUUCUCCAUAACCAGCAAACAUGGACCAAACUAGGUAGACGUUUUGCGAUAUCCGAUAAAAUGAUGUCAAUAGUCCAGACUAUCGCCAGAUAAAUGCACAGCAACCGAGAAGCCCUGGGAACGAGGUUAAACGGAACAGCAGCUUGUUAGUGUAUUGCUUACUAUACCUGCUUGUAUUACUGGGUGUUCUUUGAAAAUAUACAACUCCGAAUAAAGAUGAUUUAAACGAAUUUAGACAAAUCUAACUCAGAAUUCAAACGUUUUUGUUCAUUAUGAUACAUUCCUGCAAACAUUGAUGAGUGAGGUCUAAUUUUUUACGAGCUUCGACUGAUGUCUGCUUCAGCAAAAUUGCGCACAGAAACUAGUCACAAAUUUGAUGGGGGUGUAACUGUUCAUAUUCCUUGCGAUUCAAUUCGAUUUCAAUUAUUGUCUUUCGGUUUCGAUUAUUUCGAUUCGAUUAUGUAAAUGUUUCUUAAUUCUUAUAACAUAACGUGUAAUGUUAACAACAUGCAACCCUAAACCCUCAAUUUAAGAAUAGUAACAGGGACAGGAGGAUUCACAGUCGCUUGGUUCGUCGCCAUGUUUGAGAACCUGACAAAGAUAAUUUGCCUUAUUUGGAAAUUCUCAAGGGGUGGUUGAAGGACAGCAUUUUUACCGGGCAACACAAAAUGGCACACCAACUGCUAUCGUCUUUGCUCGUCAAUAACAAACGCACAUUUUAAAGAGUUCUGGAUUCUGAUUUUACAAUAUAAUAACUCACUGAGGGCACCCUGGAAAAGGUAUGCAAAAAUCGAAGGAAAAUCGAAACGUGGAAGCAAAGGAUCGUGAAUCGAACCGAACGGUCAUAAUCGCGAUUAAUCGAGAAUUCGAUUAAUCGGCUUGACUUCAGUGGGGCUGAAUAAUGGCUCUGAGGGCAUAUAAGAAGAAUAAGAUGACUAGGAGGGUCAGAAAUAGUUUUAAUUAGGUGCACACUUGUAAUCAUUAGAAGGGAUAGUUAGUGUCAGUGUAGUUAGCUUGUUAGUGAGUCAGUUGUCAUGCAUGUGGCAGGUCAAGGCGGCUCAAGAAAAGGUCACAGAUUUAUUAACAAACAUGAAGCAUUAUGAUGAAAUGGUGGAGCAGUACAAAUUUAAGGUACAGUAAUGAACAACUUUUUCGCUGAGAAGUUGCUUAUAGUUGCCUAAUAUGCAUUUUUGCCCAGCAGCUCAGUGUUCUAAAGAAAGUUUAUGCAAAGUGAAGUUGUUUAUUUUUCACCGUUUUUAGAGAAUGUGAAUUUUUUUUUCCCUCAAGGCUAUAGUCCUUAGUGUCAAAUCCGUCUUUAUCGUCACUUAUCUGUAGCUGAAGUAUCGCACCAAAUUGUUUAAGCACCCAGUGGGAACUAAAUAAUACUGAGGAAUAAAGGUUCGAAAACUUUUGUCAGACUUUCGUCCUUGUCUGCAACUUACAUUUUCUGCACAUUAGCAACUUCCAAGCUUUUUGGCGGGAACACAAAGUGGUGCAGACUCGCAACCAUUUCCCAACGGCUUAUAACAUCCGCCGCUGACCCUACUGCCCGCAAGUGAGGAGUCAGAUUUCUUUGUAACGAGUGCAUAUACCUUUAUCACGGUUAGGUGAACACAUCAGAAACAGAGGUUAGUCAUCUUCACGAUAGCGUCAGCGAGUACCAAGCGAAGUUAGAGCAGCUUAGAAAACAGGUAGAUCGUUAGAGUAAAAAGCCGGUAUUCAAACCGCUGAACAGUUAGAUGUAUUAUCAGUUCAUGCAAUACUUUUCUUGAGAGUGAAUGCGAUGUGUUUGCUUCUAAAUAAAUCAGAGUUUUGGGUUUCCAUGCAUUGUUUAAGUGUUCCCUCUGUUUUAUCCAGCUGCGCAACUCUAAAUUAUCCUUUGAAUAAAUAGAAAUGUACGUGGAAACAUAUCUUGCAUCGAAAAGAAGGUUUAACUGACGCCUUACUGAUUUAAUGUUUAUUUAUCAUAACUUUAUGGCUGUUUCGAAAUCCCUAAACUGUUAGCACAGGAAAGGGGCAGGGGAGAGGGCUGUUAACGAUUUACUGAUUUCGGUAGUAUUGUAUGCCAUCAAAUCUGUUUUGUUCUUUUUUAAUGUCACUGCACAGCAUCGAUCUGACAAAGAUGAAAUUAAAAAUCUGAAAGUUUGCUCCGGGGAAUACGAAGUUAUGCUUCAUGAAUACAAGAACCAGGUAGAUGACAUGUAGAUAAUACAGGCAACAGGAGGCACCACUUAGACAGAAGUACUUAGCUAAUAAAGACAACAUUAUAUGCGAUAUUAUUGAAGUGAUAUUUGCUCAUAUUUCCCUGCCGGUUCACAUUAUGAGAAGCAAAACCUUAGGAAAAUUACCAGCAAAAGAAACGAACAGACAACAAGACAAAAGUAUGAUCAAUUAUGUAGUAAGACGAAUCCUCUAAUCAUACGAAUCCACGCUCCAACUAUGUUUGUUCACUCAGAACAGCUCAGCGAAUUCAAUAUAACUCAGUAUUAAAGCACAGGAUGCCUAAUGAAAUAUUAAAUCGAGAUUGAUGGUCGUCUCGUGAGGAAGUUGAUUUGUUUUGGCCUAGUAAUCGUUACUAAGACAACACAAAUCACAUUGCUUACUAAGUAAUGAUCGACCCUCCUUUUGUAGAUGUUUAUGUUUAUGCCGAACAUUAACUCUCAGAAUAUCUUGAUUAUUAUGGUGCGGUGGUGUUAAGUUUUAGAAUAGUUACAAUAAUGAGGAAGUCUGUUAAAUAUAGGCAAUUGAGGGAGCUAACGUCACUUGGAUUUAUCUGGCAGAUAGUAAGUUACGAGGCGGAAAUAAAUAACUUGAAGGCAAACGUCAAUCAUUCAAAUCAUUUGUUGGAGAACCACAGAACAAGGGUAGGUAUAACGAUAAAAGGUUAAACUUGUCUACCAACCGUGCGCCGAGUUAUGCACAUACAGAGCUCCAUGUGCUGUCUAAUUGUCUUCAUCUGUUUUUAUGGCUGGAAAUGCCACCUUAAAAUGAUGCGAAAUCGUGUUUUCGAGGAAAAAUGUAUGGUGAAUUUGGAAGGCUAUUCGGCCACACCCUUUGAUAUGCUCUUUUACUGAAAGACAGUCGAAUUUCCAUUGUAAGCUACCAUCUCCCAUAUACGACCAACUCUCCAAAACACCAAAUUUGUUUCAGUCAAGCACAACGGUUGGAACCUCCCGUAAGCGACCGUUACCACGUUCAUGUCGAAUUUUCCAUUGUUAGUUUUCACCCUCUUGUAAGCGACCACUUGGAGUAUGGUUUGAUCUCUUUGUUGGCUGAAUGUCCUACACUACUCAGACUAUGCAGAGAACGUUUACACGUAUUGUAACUUAAAAAUUGCAUGCUUUGAAUUCUCUUCCAAAAUGUACAUGCUUUUAAACCUUUUCUAGGAGGAGACCGUUUGUUAGGGACUUUAAGAUUCAAUGACGCGACUGCAACUAUAACGUCUAAAAAACAAUAGCUUUAAUAAGCAAAACAACUACUUUGCACGUGCAUCACGCUUUUUUGUAUAUUUCUUUGCCGUUUUUGCACGAGUACGACGUGAAAAUGCCUAAUUUCGUGUUUUAUGCAUGGAGAACGUAAACAAGGAACGACGAAAUUUUAUCUCGGUUUCAGAACUUGAAUAUGGUCCCUUGGAAAUAAAAUUCACGAAGGUUCGCGUAUAUUUGACAAAAAUAGGUAAGUAGGAAGAAUCGCGAUAAAAAAAAUAAGACUAAAAGAACGCAAAUUCACUUUUUAAGCGACAUUCUCUUUGCUGUUGCGUCGUUUGAUCUUAAAGUCCCAAAUAAUUAUCGUAAGCGACCAAUAAGUUUUCGUAUUCUGGGUGGUCGCUCGCUAGGGGUUCGACUGUAUUUCUGUUCCUGAUCCUGUCAUUCACAGUUUACGUACAGCCAAGUUGAGAUUGCUCAGCUCCACACAGCUGUUAAGGAGUACGAAGAUAUUAUUCGCGAGUAUAAAGUACAGGUAGGGUAGAUAGCGAGAUAGUCCAGUAAGCUGUAAUGUGCAGGGAGAGAGGUAUUAGAGAUAGAGUAGUUUGGACGAUAAUUACCAAGUCAUUCUUUUUUGUUUUGUUUUUGUUUUUGUCUUUGGCGUCGUUUUGUUUUGUUUUGUUUUAUUUUAUUUAUUUUUUGUUUGUUUGUUGUGAAUGAAAAUGCAUCAGUUAAUUAGAAUCUUCCACUCAUAUACGCCGGCAUUGCGUUGUUGCAACAAGGAAACGUUAAAAUCUGAAACAAGAAACCUUCCAAACUCUUCGCAACUCCAAAAUGGUGCAUAUAGCAACCAGCCCCUUUUAAAGGCAAAUAUCCCUUCUCCUCUGCCUGUCUUGCUAUCGAUGUGCCAUGAAGUUUGAAACGCAACAGCAGGCCUGAGUUAAGGCUGCUUCAUCUUAUUCGCUAUCACUGCACGUCACAGCGUUGAAGAGUGCAGACGUGAGAGCGUGCGGCGUCCUGUAGGUAAAUUACCAGGCAUCCAUGCAACCACGCCUCUAAUGUACAAGUAUGCACAAGAUCGAGGUCAGGUGUGGUACCAGCUAAAAUGUCGCCCUCGAUUUUGGAGGUCACAUUUUUGAACGCCUGAGCGUCUAAGUUCAUACGUUUUCGGUUUACCGUGGUUUUAUGUGCCCACGAAUUUCCAAUAUGAGACACCGUACAUCCUCUACUCCCGCCCAGCCCCGCCCCCACCCCUCCCUGCCUUCAUGCGGAUUGAUCGGAUAUGGUGGAUUCAUGUGCUGGAAGUUCAGAUAUAUUUGUUGAUCUUCGAAUGCAUAACUUCCAACUUCUUUUGCCAAGUUCUUCGUGGAGAAUCGAUACCAUUAUCUUCGCUAAACUAAAAAAGCCCCUCCUCCCCCAUCAAAGGUGCUUGAAAUAAAUAAGCCCAGGGGGCUUAGUAGAGGAUUUACGGUAUAAUUGUUAUUUGUCAACAGAUCGACAAGUAUCGUAGGGAAGCUGAAGAAAUGAAAAAUAGAUUGUACGAGUACGAAGCGGAUACACAACGAAUGCAACAGGAAAAUGCUCUGGAGAACGAAAAGGUAAAUAUCGCAAGUUUACAUGUUUGAAUGACUCAGACAAGAUAUUGCUUGAGACAGGAGCGGGGAAGGAUGUAAGUUUCUGUUUACAGCUAUUUCGAGAAAGUUUGUCGGAAAACAUGUGUACGCGACAGCCCCGAGAUCCAAUACACUGUUCCUGACGACUGUAGCUGUCGAACCUACUUUUGUUGCUUUCCUUUAGCACUCGCAAACACAUUUCCAUGGCCUUUCGUGCCAAUUCUUUCAAAUUUCUUUGAAAAAAAAGAGAACUUAAAACCACCCACAAUGCCUUUCAGGAUUGUCGCGUGCACUUUUCCCGACAACCUUUCUCGAAAUAGCUGUAUAUGCACUAUCAUUACGUAUAAGCUUAUACAUAUAUUUUAUUUCAGGUUAAGCUGAAAAUGCAACAAAGGCUUCAAGAGCUCGAACCCCUUGCGGAUCUACUGAAGGUAACUUUUUCUUUUUAACUCGUUAUGAGGAUAAUAUUCUUUACUUCACAUGCACAAUAGGUAAAAAAUUUAAAACUGAAUAAUCGCAGGUGAUUUUCGUAGGCAAGCUUCUUUUUCAGGGUCUUGACACGCCUGGAAGCGACAUGGCGAGCUCUCUCCUUCGCAGGGGCUCCCACUUGGUAUCCAAUACACCAAUCGAAGAAAAAAUAACGGAAAGCUCGCCCAUCGUUCCCCGAGCGCUUUCUUUUUUCCCUCUCCCUAGCCCCCUUGGGACACAAAGAGGCCGCUGCGGAGGAAUUGCACAAGCCAAUUUCCCCAGUUUGUUUGCAUAGUGACAUGUAUGCGACAUGUGACAAUUCUUAUCGGACUGACAAGUAGUUUUCAGCUGUCUGAUUGGCUUGCGUAGAUUAUGACUCGCUAUUUAGAUAAUAUACUGAUUUUCCGUUUACUUCAUCAAAGACUCAAAAGUUUCGCUCAAUGCUGCCCUGUACGCAUCCCCUUUCCUUCUCUUUUUGCAACUCAUUGACCGACAUGUAGUUUGUAUUCUAGUUUUCAACAUCACCAUAAAAAAAGGAUUUAUUUCUUGCUGUUUGAAGCCGUUAGAGAAAUGUAUAAAGAAAAAACUUGAACAUUCUUUAGGUGGCUUGAGUUAUUGGGAACUAGCCUGCGUGGCAGGCGCAAAAAGAGUAGGGGAAGGGGGUAGAGUGAGAAAGGCGCGAAAGGGAACCUUUCUCCACAAUCCCCCCCUUUUUUCCUUCCUCUCAAUCCUGUACUUGGUAACUAACUACGCGAGACUUUUUUCUAUUUUGCUAGACGACGGACGUUCGACUGCAAGAAUCUCAAGAGAGGAUGAUGGCGUAUGAUAGACGCUCCAGCGAGCAGACUAAGCUUAUAUCUGAGCUGACACAGAAGGUACAAAAUGUUGUGAUUUUGAAGUCGUGAUAUGUCGGUACCUAAUUAAAGAAAACGCAUGUGUUUUCCUUUCAGUCUAAUAAUCCCUCUCUCCGGACACCUCCCGAUUGUGGGCCAAACUUCACAGAACCAAUUCUUCUAUAUUGAAUACUGUGUGAUGAGAGUGUCCUUCUGGUUUCUGUAUUGAGGAUGUAAGCCGGUGUAGAUCCGCCCUUUCCCCACACUGAAGGGGGGGGGGGGGGGGGGGCGGCUUUAAACAGGUUAAGGAGGUUGGACUGAAGCUCUGUUGUUUAUGUGCCUUUCUAGUUGUCAAUGCCAUGGUGGCUACUUAAACUUCGAGUUAUGAACAUGUAUAGGGGCACGGUGUCAAUAUGUAGAUUCCCCUGUCUGUUUUUUUGGAUUUUUGGAUUUUUUUUUUUUGUGGAUUCGUUGUUUAAACCCUGGAAAUUAUAUUCGAUCUCUGAUAUGUCUUUGUACACACUUAAGGUGGAGAUGCAGACAGACCAAUUAGAACAUCUACGGGAAAAAGUAAGAACAGCGCAGGACGAGACUAGAAGCGUUCAAGCAAAGAACGAACUCUUGGAGAGGUUUGUUGACCAAGAACCUUAAUUUGCCAUGUUUGUGCUAACACACCGCAGCAAUACUCCCACCUCUUUUUUUAAUUUUCAGGAAAUUGUCAGAUUCUGAUCAGCAGAACAGGGAACUUAUUGGUGUGAUCAGCAAGAAAGAGGAGUCUUUAUAUCAAUCACAGGUUCGAUCGAUUUUUAGACUUAUGGAAUGUAGUGUCAGUCACUCAAAGUGAAACGAAAUUCCAUCCAAAUGUAUGAAUAGUGUUAGGACGCACCCACACAAGCCAAAAGAAGAUAAAUGAAUUCUUGACAUGUUGAUGAAUCUAACCCACGAUUUACGGGCUAGAUAAUCUUGCCUUACAGACUGAGCUAGGAGGCCAAACUUGAACAGUUCUUGGGUAUUUUGUUGAAGAUCUCGUAACCGUAUUUCCACAAUAGCGAAAUCUCUUGCGAUUUUUCUUGUAUAGCAAUGUUUUUGUUAUGUUUUGAUAAAGAUCACGUUAGCCUGAAAAACGGCUGUUUUCGCAUGCUACUUUCACUUGUACAAUAUCGUUAAUGCUUGGUCUCGAUUUGAAUUUAAUAGCAAAGAUUUGAGGAUCUUCGAGCGGAGAAUAUCAGGCUGAAUCAACAGCUGGAGUCAUCAGUGCUUGAAGCUAGAAGACAAGUGGACAGUCAAAAGGAAAAAGCGCUCGUUAAGGUGACAAAAUUAUUUUCCACUUAUAAGAAGUGAGGAAUCUAAAAUUUCCUGCCAUUGAAAUGAAAACAGAUGCUGGUAAAGUAACACCCGUAUUUAGAGGACGCCCUUAAUAGGGCUGUGAUGUCACGGCGUGAUUCGCUAAGGAACUUAACGUCAGUGAGGAGUGUACUCGUGAAUGACAAAAUCACAGUUUCCUACCGAACAAAUAUCUUUCCCAGAGCAUUAUAUCAAUCCAACCAGCGUUACAAAAAACAAAAAUGAACUUUGAAAAGUUGCUAGGCUAACAAGUUUUCAAAGAACACAAUUACAAUGUAGUUUUUAAAACCUUUUUCAAAUUUGUCUAUCUGUGUCUUCUUUUGCAUUUGCCGCGUUAUGUAUUCAAAGUAGACAGACUGCAAAUUAUAUUAGCUGCUAAAAAAUAUAUAUCUACGUGUCGCAACUGUUCAUCAGUAUUGCUUCUUUUAGGGCCUGUUUACAUGGAGGUGGGGGACCCCAUGUAGGUGAGGUAACCCGCCUGUCCAUAAAAUCUCUCUUUUUAAUUUGAUCACGUUUAAAUAAUAUGGGUGGGGUGACCCGCCACAUGUUACCUCACAUAUGUGGGGUCCCCCACCUCCAUGUAAACAGGCCCUUAUUGAAUUGAGCCGUUAUUUUUAUGUUUCAUACAAAUAAGUGGAAGCUCUCACUAUUACAGACACCUCUAUUGAGGACCGUUUCCUUGGUCCCAAACACAGCCAGCUUCAUACAUACUCUACCUUCAUAUAAAGGACGCUUCCCGUCUAUGCGAACUCUUGACUUUGUCUCUUUCGUAUCACUUCGAGUCGCUUACUCCCUCAGUGACGUCACUACCCGAAAACUGGGUAGUGAUUUUGGUUGUUUGAUUGUCCAGUCGUUCGCAUUAUUAUGUAUAUUUAUGAGCAAUUGUCGUGCGACUGUCGUUUGAUUUUCCGCGGAUCGAACGCUUACUUGGAGUUAAAAAAUGUUGGCAAUCUUUAUCGUAAACAGCAAAAUUGCCCUUGUCUUUGAAACUAUGACUUGUUAAAUUGAACUGCGAAUGAACAGUCAAUGCUGAGAGUCGGUAGGUUUUCAUUUAGCGCCGCUUUGUGGUUGCAGCAGUGAUUUCGUUUAUGCAAAGUAUCAGUGAUCGAUUUUUGUGAGAUUUACAAUUCGAACUUCCGCUCAUUUCCUCCGUAGAAUGUAAUGAUUCUGUUAGCUUUUCCUUCUUGUUUUCUGACUUUCUUUGUUCGUCGUUAAGGACCAAAUAGCUUCUUUUCAAUUAAAGCAAAUUGCUGUGGUCUUAAAGUGUUCUGUGUCAGGUGUGUGUAUUUCAUUGCGUGAUUGAUUAUUGAAUUAUGGCGCUAUACAUCAGAUACAUGCAACAAAUUAGUUCAGAGUACUGCAUGCAGUUAACAGUUUGAACGUUAAACAUGAAUUACGAUUUGAGAAUAAAGCAAUUCUAUACCAUGGAGACAUUUCCGGAAGAUAUUUUUUCGUUUGCUAGUUGAAAAUCGUGUUUUACUUUUUGAACGAAUUAAAGCAAAGGAGUAGUGACGUCAUUGGACGGCAUUAACGGCUCGUCGAUUCAGACGUCGCUGAGGGAGUGAGCGGCUCGAGGUGAUGUCGGAAAUUCAGGCUAUCUAUCGGAGGUAUUUCUUGUAAUUACGUCUCAUUUUGCUUUGAUUUCAUAGGAGAGAGCUGCACAGGCGCGUAUCACAGACCUGGAAGCUCAACUGAGUCGUGCUACUGCGACAGCGACGCAACUCAAAAGAAGUAAAGACGAGGUAAUCUGGCACUAGUAAUACAGUAAUGACGCAAGCACAAGUACAUGUAAUACGCAGGCGCAGUAACCUGCCAAUCACUGGUGCCUUUUGUCACUGUUUUUCCAAACAAAAGAGUCUAAGCUAAGAGAUCGGAGUUCAUCCCAGAACGUAAUGUUCCUUUUUUUUUCUUUAUACGCCCAUCACGCUAACCUGGAAGCUGCGAGAGGAGUUUUUUCUCGAGUGUAAUAGACUGCUAGCAGUCUCUUAUUUUUCGUUUGAGUCACAAAAAAUCGAGAGCGCGUUGACGUGAGCGGCAAAGUUGAGGAGAACGACGGCGGUCGCCCUUUUUCUCUUCACCUCCUCUCUUCCAUUUAACCACAAAUUUGCAUAAUUUUACCUUUUCGCUCGCCGCGCUGGCCUUUGAAGAAAGAAGGAUGACUGCUCGUGAUGUACACGUGUAUGUGGCAAGAUACUUUGGUGUCAGCUGCAGGCCGACAGAUCUUUGGCCCAAACCGGAAACUACCCAUGAAAAGUCUUGGCAACCAAGCUACCAUCACUCAUAACCUGGGCAGGAGGCGUCGAAAGGGGUAGAGGAUUUCUCCCUCUCCCCCUCCUCCUCGCCUUUUUACGCCUCCCACGCGGGCUACAUUACGCAUGCUCCCCAUAUCCGUACCUGAUCCUAGUGUUAUCUUUUACUUCAGGCUGAGCGGCGAUACAAUUCCAAGUUAUACGACAUGAGGGACAGAUUGGACCAGGCGAACAGCACAACACGAAGCAUGCAAAACUAUGUGUCCUUUCUGAAAUCAUCUUACUCAAACGUAUUCGAUGAACUCGAGUCUCCAAGAUGACCAACAGCAUAGCUGGGAAAUAUUUACGGGCUGGAAACGCUUUUUAUUCAUGACAAAAAUGUAUUUAACUUUUUAUACACUUAAGUGAACGAAAAAACGUGGUUUUAAGUUGUCACUUAAGUUCGUGUAUGUGCUGAAUCACUUUCAUUUAUGUUCAACUUACAACGUUAGAGUACUAACAGCGAUAACGUAUAUAUUAUUCAUCAUACCUUACGGAGUGAAUUUCACUUUUUCCUUAUUCUCGAUCAUUUCUAUUCCGUCUUAAAGUUUUAGGUAUUUAUCUUCACAAAAUAUCAGUCAAACAUCCAUCAUAUUACAGGACAACCUUGUGUCCUUUUAUUGGCAACUUUCCCUGUCCAUUUUUUGUUUCCUCUGCGUUAGACAUUUCAAGCGUACAUUGUGUAAUUCCCUAGAUUAGUUUAUGUCAUACGAAUUUAAAGGUAAAUUUUACAUGAUAUUUUAGUUAAUUUUCCACUUUUUAAGAAAAUCUUGGUACG